CCCGGCCGCGCCCUCCCUCCUCUGAGUGGAUCACUCUGCCCCCACGCGGCUUCCGGGAACCCUCACACCUGCUUUACUUAACCCCUUCGGAUGUCUGGGUGCCCCCAGCCACCGAUCCUGGUCCCACGACCCCAAUACCUCUGCCCCAUCUAGUCUCCACCUGUCCUGCCCUCCCGUCCUCGGAACUGUCAUCUGUAGGUCUCCCUUACUCUGUACUUUUGGCUCCAGAAAAUUAAUGUCCUGAUUUACGUUUGAAUGCCCACCGCCCUGCGCUGGGGGACAUCUUUAGCCUGUGUGCCUGUCCAGCUCAUAGAUGUGCCCAACACUGGAGAUAUCUGCUGAGCUCACUUCCCUUUCCCCCGAACCACAAACCCUCUUUCCAAUCCCUAGAUUUGAGCUGGUGGCAUAUCUACAGCUGUGAUAUGAGUGAAUGUUUCAUCUUCCAUUAUCCAGCGCCCCCCACCCCCCAGCACCAAUGAGGAGACUUGGUCCAGCCACCCAGCCGGGCUCAGCUGUACAGGUACAGGAGGAUGAAGACACACUCAUGCCCUUUGCCAAGUGUUCCAGAGUCAUCAGCCGAUCCGCAUCCCCCCGCCUGCCUCCCCAGCACCUCGGGCUGAUGCCCCAGCGUUACAGAGACACCUUCUGGGAGAACCUUAGCCAGAGGCCCAGCCCCACCUGGACAGAGGAACAGUAUGCCCCACCCCUGCUGAGAGUCCCUACUUGCUCCCAGCCUGGCCUGAACCCCCCUGAGGGGCUCCCACCCCCGGAGGUGCUUUGCAGAAGAAAGAGAAGGAGGACCCAGGUGGCGGGAAUGCAGCAGGGACCUGGGUGCAUCCCAGCCCGGGUGAGGGCUGUCGCAUAUCACCUGGAGGAUCUGAGAAGGCGACAGAGGCUCAUCAAUGAUCCCCACAGAGAGAAGAAGGCCCAGUGGGGCGGUUCUGGGGCUGCCUGUGAGCCCCUGGCACUCGCUGAGGGCAGCUACAGAGUCCCUGGCACCUCCAAAUAUCAGGAUCUGGAAGAGGAGAGGGCUGCCUAUCCACAGGAAGAGGGCCACCCUCUCGCCACUGGCAGGCCCCAGCUGGUCUGGUCACCCUGGAGCCCCCGGGGCCAGGGCGGGUCUUGCCUCCCGGGGCGGCUGGGCUCUCUGGCCUCCUGCACCGCUGUCACAGCCAGCAGGCAGCCCCUGUGCAACCCCUGGGGGACGGCGGUGCAGUCUGAGGAGUGAGGAUGCCGCAGAUGCCUCCGCGGCCCCCAGGCCCGCUCCUGGCUCGGUGCUCCGCCUUGAGUUCCGGUAUUAAAAAGCAAGCAAGCCGAGCCCAGUGUGUCUUUCUACGGGUGUUGGAGAGGCUCGAGGGGAAGGAGGGCGCCGUCCCCUCCUCGGGGACCUGAAGUGAAGUCGGGCCGGGUCCCGCGGAGCCCAGGGUCCCCGGCGCUCGGGCCGCCGCGCCCCGCUCUCUGGGCCGGGGCUCUGGGCGGCGGCCGAGCCCCCGCCCCCACGACCCCAGAAGCCGGCCCCGGCCUACCCGGCGCCCCGCGCCCCCAGCCCGGCGGCCGCCACCCGGGGCUGCCCGGCCGCGCCCCC